AUGAAGCAAAUCAAGAUGAAUUACAGCCCUGGCCCUCCCUCCCAUCCUCUGACAUCUAAACGGGGAAUGAGUCCCAAAGACUUCAUAACCGUGGCGCAAGGGAGGUCGGUGUGUUGGGGGCGGGGGUUUGGAGGGGAAGUUCUGAAGUCUUUUGCUAUUCGGAUCACUGCCCCUCCUCCCCCCGCGGUGGGCGACGACGACAAACAUCACCCUGGGGAAUCCGGAGCGAAAAGUAGCCGCGCGUUUUCUGGGGCCGAGAAAACCUGUCUCUGCCUCCGACCUGCGGAGGGAUCACGCGGCAGUGGAGGGCAGAUAAAAGCCCUUUGGACGAGGUUCACCUCCGUCCUUGUUGUUCACUUGAGAGCAGUGGAGAGGAAAACGCUCCCCACGGGCGGACUUUGGCUUCUGGAGCCGCGGGGCUCUUCGGUCUCAGCCUCGCGGAGUCUCGGCCAGUCUGCUUGUGCUGAAAUAGAACUCUUAUUUCGAGGAAAUCAAUCAAUCCGCAGGAAACAAAAAUGGAAGUCGAGGUUUGGGAAGACUUGUCACUUGCCCGACUUGAGUGGUGCGGGCUGGGGGCGGAGACUUGGGAGACUGAAGAGAGGCCCUUUCUCCCACCUCAGCGCCUUUCCCAGGACUUCCAGAAGGGAGAAUGACCCUCCUCACCUCCCUUUCCCAACCCACCCUGGCUCGGCUUUCAGUCCCUUUCUGCACCUCCUUUUCCCUUCAAGUGAGAAAAGCCUAGUUCCCGAGCUGACGGAGUCGGUUCCCUCGCCCCUCCCGCUUCCACGCGGGUCCCCCCCCCCCCACCCCCCAGCCCCAGCCAUCGUUACUGCCACCACCUCGGUUCCACUCAAUCGAUUUUUGCUGCAGGUCAACAUUUAUUACCGAUUCUCCGACAGGGGCGAAAAAAAUCCCGUCUGCAAAUUCAGGGCUGCAGCUCCCGGCGCGAAGCUCCCCUCCCCAGCCCGGAGCCUCCUUGCCUCGUGCAGCCCCGCCGGCCUGUCAAGCGCCCCGCGCCUGGAGUGCCAGCCUGGACAGCUGACCCGGGAGUUCUGGACCCCUGGAUUCUGCAGGGCCACGCGGCCCAGCCCUGCGGGGGACCCGCGGAGGAGCCGCCGCUCCACCUGAACGUGCCCCCCGGAGGCGGCAUCACCCUGGGCCUCCCUGGACGCCCGAACUGUGGCUCCGGCACCACUUUGUAUUGACCACAACAGCUGCUUUAUCUUGAUGCUCCAUUUUUUGGCCGGCGACGUGGGAGAAGGGCGGUGGCCAGACGUGCCGCCUCGCAUGACCCUGACGGUAUUUUCAGAGGCACCCGGAGAAGCGGCGGCCCAGAGGGCAACCUACGCACCUCCGGGGACUCUUCUCGGGUCCCUCCGGACAACAAAACUGGAAUCUAAUCCGCAGCUGCCGCCGCCCGCCCCCCUCCCCCCGGCCUCCCGCGGCGUGCCUAGCCUGCCUGCCGCCCCGGGCGAGCGUCGGACCCAGGCGGCCAGGGCGCCACAGCCUGCCCUUAGAGUCCCGCUGGGCCGAAGCGCCCGCCGCCCCUGCACGCGCCACUCAGGGCCUGGGGCGGCGGCGUCGUGGGCGGUCGGGGCCCGGCCAGGGCGCGGCCUCCCGGCUGCGCUUCCAGGGACGCGCUCUGGGCUCCGACCGCGGAUCCGCCUGCUUCUCUGCCCUCUGGGAAUCCGCUUAGGGAGGCCCUGGCAGGAGGAGACCUCCCCCCUCCCCCGCCCCCCACC